CAAAAAUCAGUUGUAGUGCUCCACUCACUCCGUAUGCAACAUUUGAUGAAGCCCUUGUUCAAACGCUAUUAUAGCUUGCUCACCCCUCUCAAUCUCUCCGACAACACAAACCCAUUUUCCAAAAUCCUCCAACUCUGUAAAUCCGGUGAGCUUUCCGGCGCUCUACAACUUUUAAAAUCCAUAGAUCCCGGUGAAAUAUCCGCAAAACCAGUCCUAUAUGCUUCUCUCUUGCAAACAUGUACCAAGGUUUUGGCAUUCAACCAUGGCCUCCAAAUCCAUGCUCAUGUAAUCAAAUCUGGUCUCGAGUUUGAUCGGUUUGUUGGGAAUAGCUUACUCACGCUUUAUUUCAAGUUGGGUACCCAUUUUCCCGAGACCCGGAAGGUGUUUGAUGGUCUUUUUGUUAAAGAUGUGAUAUCGUGGACCUCGAUGAUAUCGGGGUAUGUUCGGGUAGGGAAACCUAUGAACUCUCUUGAGUUGUUCUGGAAAAUGUUGGCUUAUGGGGUUGAGCCAAAUGCGUUUACUUUGUCUGCCGUCAUCAAGGCUUGUUCUGAGCUUGGGGACUUGAAACUGGGUCGGAUAUUUCAUGGGGUAGUUUUAGGACGUGGGUUUGAUUCAAAUUAUGUUAUUGCUAGUGCUUUGAUAGACAUGCAUGGGAGGAACUGUGCUUUGGAUGAUGCGCGCCAAUUGUUUGAUGAAUUGCUUGAACCGGAUGCUAUUUGUUGGACAUCGAUCAUUUCUGCGUUGACAAGGAACGAUUUCUUUGAUGAAGCUUUGAGAUUUUUCUAUUCCAUGCAGAGAGAUCACGGGAUGUGCCCAGAUGGAUUUACAUUUGGGACAGUCUUAACUGCCUGUGGGAAUCUAGGGAGAUUGAAGCAAGGUAAAGAAGUGCAUGCUAAGGUCAUUACAACUGGAUUUUGUGGAAAUGUGGUUGUGGAGAGCAGCCUAGUGGACAUGUAUGGAAAAUGUGGUUCAGUAGGCGAAUCUCAACGCAUUUUUGAUCGAAUGCCAAUAAAGAAUUCAGUUUCUUGGAGUGCAUUGCUUGGGGGAUACUGUCAGAAUGGAGACUUCAAGUCUGUUAUUCAGAUCUUUAGGAAGAUGGAAAAGGUUGAUCUCUACUGUUUUGGAACCAUACUUCGUACCUGUGCAGGUUUGGCAGCUGUUAGACAAGGGAAAGAGGUCCACUGCCAGUAUAUAAGGAAGGGUGGUUGGAGAGAUGUUAUCGUAGAAUCAGCUCUGGUUGAUCUUUAUGCAAAGUGUGGUUGUAUUGAGUAUGCACAAACAAUCUUUGAUCAGAUGCCAGUCAGAAAUUUGAUAACUUGGAACUCAAUGAUUGGGGGGUUCGCUCAAAAUGGAAGAGGUGAAGAAGCUCUUAGGAUAUUUAAUCAGAUGGUUAAGGAGGGGAUAAAGCCUGAUUAUAUUAGUUUCAUAGGGAUUCUUUUUGCUUGUAGUCACAGAGGCUUAGUUGAUGAAGGACGAGAAUAUUUUAUCUCAAUGACUAAAGAUUAUGGAAUUAAGGUUGGAAUUGAGCAUUAUAGUUGCAUGGUUGAUCUUCUUGGCCGCGCUGGACUAUUAGAAGAAGCUGAAAUUUUGAUAGAGACUUCAGACUUUAGAGAUGAUUCAUCUCUCUGGGCUGCUCUUCUUGGUGCUUGCACAACCUGUACAAACUAUGAGAUUGCUGAGCGCAUUGCAAAGAGGGUGAUGGAAUUGGAACCUGACUACCAUUUGAGUUAUGUUCUUCUUGCUAAUGUCUACAAGGCAGUUGGCCGGUGGAAUGAUGCUUUAAGGAUUAGGAGGUUAAUGAAAGAUAGAGGUGUUAAUAAAAUGCCUGGCAAGAGCUGGAUUGAAACUAAGAACAACUUGGGUUCUAGUUUUGAUUUUGAGAAUUCACUUGUUCCUGGAGAAAGCAAUUUUCUAGAUGUGGAAGGUAUGGGGUGAUGUUGACAAGAUGGGAAUUAGUUAUCAACUCAAUGCUCAGGGCUUAAGAGUAACAUUGAUUGAAUGGUUUUUGUUUCCCA